GGCCCCGUCCCCCCUCAGCCUGCCGGCGGGGCGCGGGCGGAGGAGGCGCUGCGCGGCGGGCGGCUGCGCUCCGCCAUUGGGGCCGUGCUGCCCCGGGGGCGGCCCCGCUUUGAAGCUCGGCUCCGGGGAUGGCCCCCGCCUGAAGGCGGCCGGGCAGCCUCGCCUGCGGCGGCUGCGGCAGGGGCGAGGGAGAGGAGGAAGGCGGAGGGAGAGAGGGAGGGAGGGAAGGAGGGAAAGGCCGGGCCGCCCUCGCCCACCGAGGAGGAGGAGGAGGAGGAGAAGAGGAGGAGGAGGAGGAGAGGAGGGGAGCUGGGGGCGGCAUGAGGGAGCCGAGCGGUGGCAGCGGCUGAGGCAGCGGCCCCCGGGCGCGCCGCGGGCGGAGCGAGCCAUGCGGGCGGCGGGGUGGCUGGCGGCCGUGCUCUGCCCCCUCGCCCUGCUGGGCGCCGGGUCGCGGGGGCUCCGCUUCCACCCCGGGCAAGAGACCUUGGUGAAGCGGCUGUCCUCCUACGAGAUCGUCACGCCCGUGCGGGUGAAUGAGUUCGGCGAAGCUUUCCCUCGCACGCAUCACUUCAGCAGGAGGAAGAGGAGCUCGGGGGAUCCGCCGCAGCCCUUGGCUUUCCGCACGCACUACCAGCUGGCUGCCUACGGGCAGGUCUUCCAGCUCAACCUGAGCGCUGAUGCCGCCUUCAUCGCCGCUCAGUACACCACGGUGCACGUCGGGGCCCCGCGGGAGCAGGUGACCCCAGAUCUGCGCCACUGCUUCUACCGUGGGCACGUCAAUGCACAGGAGGCGCACAUGGCUGUCUUCAGCAUCUGCGGCGGCUUGAUGGGCACCUUUAAAACACAUGAUGGUGAAUAUUUUUUAGAACCUCUCAUGAAAACGGAUGGAGGUGAACAUGAAGAUGAGCAUAACAAACCACAUCUUAUAUACAGGCAUGAAGAAUUUAAUAAAAAGUAUCAGAAAUCCCAUAAACCAUGUGAAGUUUCAGAAAACAAGCUGAAAGAAAGCACUUUACUACAUCCAGACUUCAGCAAUUUAAAUGAAGAGAAAAAUGUUUUACAGAAGUCCCCAAGUAUAGAGUAUGCUUUUAAAAAUUUAUCUUUAAAGGAUGGUGGCAAUAAUCCACAUUCCCGGAAAAAACGUUUUCUUUCUUACCCACGAUACGUAGAAGUGAUGGUUACAGCUGACACCAAAAUGGUUCGUCACCAUGGGCAGAAUUUACAGCACUAUAUAUUAACACUGAUGUCAAUAGUUGCAGCAAUCUAUAAAGAUUCAAGUAUUGGAAAUCUUAUAAAUAUUGUUAUUGUAAAGUUAAUUGUAAUCCACAAUGAACAGGAAGGACCAGCUAUCACUUUUAAUGCAGCUACUACACUUCGUAAUUUUUGCUUAUGGCAGCAAGCACAAAACACUUUGGAUGAUGCUCACCCUUCUCAUCAUGAUACUGCUGUUCUUAUCACUAGGGAAGAUAUCUGCAGAGCUAGAGAGAAGUGCGAUACUCUAGGUUUGGCAGAGCUAGGUACAAUGUGUGACCCACUACGCAGCUGUUCUAUAAGUGAAGAAAAUGGAUUAAGUGCUGCUUUUACUAUAGCACAUGAACUUGGACAUGUAUUCAAUGUGCCACAUGAUGACAGUUUUAAAUGUAAAGAAGCUGGAAUUAAACAUCAAUACCAUGUGAUGGCUCCAACUUUAAAUUACCAUACAAGUCCAUGGACCUGGUCAAAAUGCAGUCAAAAAUACAUCACAGAAUUUCUUGAUACUGGUUAUGGUGAAUGUCUUCUAGACAAACCUAGUGGAAGAAUAUACGAUCUUUCCUCUCAGCUGCCUGGAUCGAUGUAUGAUGUCAAUAAGCAGUGUGAGCUUAUGUUUGGUCUUGGGUCACAAGUCUGCCCCUAUCUGAAACAAUGCAAACGCUUAUGGUGCACAAGCACAGAAGGAGUUCACAAGGGAUGUCGUACUCAGCACAUGCCACUGGCUGAUGGAACGGUUUGUGGUGUGGGAAUGCACUGCCGCCAUGGAAUUUGUGUGAGCAGAGACAUGGAGACACGUCCUGUAGAUGGAGAAUGGGGACCAUGGGGACCUUACAGCUCAUGUUCAAGAACUUGUGGAGGUGGAAUCAAGAGCACCACCAGGCUGUGUAAUAGACCAGAACCAAGGAAUGGAGGAAAGUACUGUGUUGGCCGCAGGAUGAAAUUUCGAUCAUGUAAUACUGAUUCAUGUCCAAAGGGCAAAAAAGAUUUCCGGGAGCAACAGUGCUCUGAAUUUGAUGGCAAACACUUUAACAUCAAUGGUCUUACGUCUGCUGUCCGCUGGCUUCCAAAAUACAGUGGUAAAACCUGUUGGAUUUUCUUUCCAGUUUCUAUGAAAGAUCGCUGUAAACUUUUUUGCCGAGUUUCUGGAACAACUUCCUACUAUCAGCUGAAGGACAGAGUUGCUGAUGGUACUCCCUGUGGAGCAGAAACCAAUGACCUUUGUGUUCAAGGCUUAUGCAGGCAAGCAGGCUGUGAUCAUGUUUUGAAUUCCAAGGCAAGGAGAGACAAAUGUGGAAUCUGUGGUGGUGACAAUUCUUCGUGUAAGACUCUUGCAGGUACUUUCAACAGUGCUCGUUAUGGUUACAAUGUUGUAGUAAAGAUUCCCAAAGGAGCAACAAACAUCGAUAUUCGGCAGCACAGCUACUCAGGGAAACCAGAAGAUGACAACUACCUUGCAUUAUCUGAUAUUCACGGAAAUUUCAUCUUGAAUGGAAAUUUUGUUGUAAGCAUGUCAAAAAGAGAAAUCAAUAUACAAGGAGCCAUUUUUGAGUACAAUGGUUCAAAUAAUACAAUAGAACGAAUUAACAGCACUGAUAGAAUUGAAGAAGAGUUAACCUUACAGGUUUUGUGUGUAGGGAAUUUAUACAACCCUGAUGUACGUUAUUCAUUCAAUAUCCCAAUAGAAGACAGAAGUGAGCUGUUUACGUGGGAUCCUUAUGGACCAUGGCAGGACUGCAGCAGGAUGUGCCGAGGUAUUCGAAGAAGGAGAAUGACAUGCAUACGUAAAAGUGAUCAUGCGGUAGUAUCUGAUCAAAGAUGUGAAUUUAUACCUCUUGUACCGGAUGUCUCAGAAGAGUGUAAUACAGAAUGUGAAUUAAGGUGGCACAGUAUUGGCAAAAGUGACUGCACAUCAAAGUGUGGCCCAGGGUAUCGGUCUAUAGAAAUCCGCUGCAUGAAGUACUCUGUUUCAAAAGGACUCACUGCUCCAGUGGAUGAUAGGUACUGUGCCGAUCAGCAGAAGCCACCAACCAGAGAGCCUUGUCAUGGUGACUGUAUGUUGACAAGUUGGCACUACACAGAAUGGUCAGAGUGUUCCAGGAGCUGUGAAAGAGGUGUCAGAACCAGAGAAGCUUUCUGUUUGAACAACUUGGGUCGUCAUCUUCCUGACAGAGAAUGCCAAGAACUUCCACGAGUUGUAACACAGAGUUGCAAUGAAUUCUUAUGUCCAAGCUGGUCUGUUAGUGAGUGGAGUGAGUGCCCUGUCACAUGUGGCAAAGGAAUGAAACAUCGGCAAGUAUGGUGCCAACUUAAUGAUGAACAAUUGAGAGACGAUUUCUGUAAUCCAAACGAUAGACCAGGAUCAGUAACACCAUGUGAACUUCAUGAAUGCGCAUCUUGGCAAGUAGGGCCUUGGGGAUCAUGUACUGUGACAUGUGGACGUGGAUACCAGAUGCGUGCAGUCAAAUGUGUUACUGGGACUUACAGAGUUAUUCUGGAUGAUGACAGAGAAUGUAAUGCUGCUACUCGUCCUAGAGAUAACCAAGAAUGUGAAUUGCCCGCUUGUCCAGAAACUACAAAAUUAUGGACUACAUCACUUCCUCUAAUUCAUGUGGGGAAGGUGACCCAAUGGCGAUAUGGAUCAUGGACUCCAUGCUCGGCAUCCUGUGGGAAAGGUGAUCGUGCUCGCUAUGUAAGUUGUAGAGAUGCUCAUGGAGGAAUAGCAGAUGAAUCCUUCUGUGCUCAUUUACCACGACCAGCUGAAGUUUCAAGUUGCUUUAGCCCAUGUGGAGAGUGGCAAGUUGGAAACUGGUCCCCUUGUACAGUUACGUGUGAUAGUGGAACAGUAACAAGACAAGUUAUCUGUGUCAACUAUCAUCAACAAAUCAACGAGAAUUACUGUGAUCCUGAAGGCCGUCCCUCUAAAGAACGAGAAUGUAACAUGCCACCAUGUCCACCAGUUUAUCAUCAUACUCCAAGAAUACAUGACCGUCCAAGUAAUUUUCCAGAAAUAGGUUAUCUUCCAAUACACCAUCCGCAAGACAAUACAAACCAGUGGAACCAUCCUUCUGUAGGAGGAUAUCAAUGGAGAACUGGACCCUGGGGAGCAUGCUCUAGUACUUGUGCAGGUGGAUUUCACCGUCGGGUUGUAGUAUGUCAAGAUGAGGAAGGACGAAGCGCUAGUUACUGUGAUGAGGCAACAAAACCUCCAGAGUCAAGACACUGUGAUUCUGGACCCUGCCCACGAUGGAACUAUGGGAACUGGGGAGAAUGUACUCAAACGUGUGGAGAUGGAAUAAAGACAAGACUGGUGAUUUGUCAGCUUCCUACAGGCCAAAUGUUGGGUGAUCAAAACUGUGAAAUUCUAGACAAGCCACCUAAUAUGGCACAAUGUAAUGUGCAUUCUUGCCCUGGUGAUGUUUCAUGGCAUCGGGGACCAUGGAAAUCGUGUUCUGUUUCCUGUGGAAAAGGUUUGAAGUAUCGUGAUGUGCAUUGCUUUAACAGCUUCCAAGCUAAAAUAGAGGAAGGAAACUGCAGACAUUUAAAAAAACCACGGACAUACAAAAUCUGUAGAGCUGGAAGAUGUCCUGCUUGGAAAGCAAGCAGAUGGAAAGAGUGUUCUGUGUCUUGCGGAGUGGGGAUUCAGCAAAGGGACAUCUACUGUCAGCUGAAGGGCUUGGGUCAAGUGAAUGAAGCUGCGUGUAAUCACGCUGCACGGCCCACUAGCCAGAGGCGCUGUUGGCUGCCUGCCUGUAUGCAGUACCACUGGUUGGCAGAUGAAUGGGAAGAUUGCUCGACAUCAUAUAGAAGAGAGGAAAUACACCGAAAGGUUAAGUGUGUGGAUGAAAAACAGAUUCAAGUGGAUGAAAGCUUCUGUGAUCCUGCCACAAAGCCUCCAUCAACCAAAAACUGUAGGAUAGCUCCCACUAAGUAUGUUGUGCUUACAGGAGAUCUGUCACAGUGUUCAGCCAGCUGUGGGGUGGAUUACCGGCAGAGGAUCACAUACUGUGUUGGAAUCCAUUCUGUUCAAAACAAGCACGCCUACGGCCUUCGAACUGUGGCAUAUCGAGAAUGCCCAGUAACACCCUCCCCAUACAUUUAUACAUGUAAUAUCAAAGGAUGUUCACAAGGAGCUACCUGGAGAGUGGGGAAGUGGACCAAGUGCUCAGUGACUUGUGGAGUGGGAGUAAAGGAAAGAACAGUAGCAUGUAUGACUGAAAAUGGCUUAUCCAGUGACUUGUGCCUGCCACGUUUAAAGCCAGAUACCAGAAAGAUCUGCCAUGCAGAAGAAUGUGAAAUACUUUCUACCUGCAAAGAUAUCCAGGUUAAAAAAGGGAUUAGAAAAGACGGUGAAUACCUACUCAACAUUAAAGGAAGGAUGAUAAAGAUUUAUUGUUCAGGCAUGCAUUUAGAGAAUCCCAGAGAAUAUUUGACGUUGGUAAAAGGUGAAGCAGACAAUUUUUCUGAAGUAUAUGGAUUCAGGUUACAGAAUCCAUAUGAAUGUCCUUUCAAUGGAAGCAGAAGGCAAGACUGUGCCUGUCGAAAUGAUUACCUUGCAGCUGGCUUCACAAUUUUUAGCAAAAUAAGAUUUGAUGUAGACUCCAUGCAAAUUAGAACCACAGAUUUUCUUUUUGCUCAGACUAUACUUGGGAGAGCAGUUCCAUUUGCUACAGCUGGAGAUUGCUACAGUGCUGCCAGAUGUCCGCAGGGACAGUUCAGCAUUAAUUUGGCUGGUACAGGACUGAGAUUAUCCAGUACAGUUAGGUGGAUUGCUCAGGGCAACUAUGCAACUGCUGACAUACACAAAUCUCACGAUGGUACUAAAAUAUAUGGAAGAUGUGGAGGAUUUUGUGGGAAAUGUAUUCCUAACACAAUUACUGGUCUUCAGCUUCAAAUACAGUGAGAACUCUGGUGUGGUAGGAACAUCAAAGUGCAACAUCUGUCAUUUAGGUGCAAAGUGUAGGUGCUGUGUAUAUAUGUAUUUUUUUUAAUUUUCAUCUCUGUAAUACUCAUUACUGUAAUGCUCACUGCUAAGAAUUCCGUUCUGUUUUCUUCAGUGUUUAUUUGGGGAGGUGCUACCUGUCUGUGAGCUAACAAGUAUGUAAAUCACAAUCAUAAACCUUCAGGUUUUCAUGGAGAGGCAUUCAUUCAAUGUAUAGUAGGUAUAUCAACCAGUAAAUUGCACUGAGAUUGCUAACAUGGGUAACACCUUGAACUGUGCCAUAAUUGCAAUACAUUACCUACAACUUAUUGGUGCAAUUCUGUAUGCAGUAUUCAGUAAAAUACAUACUGUACUGAUUUUCUUGAUCAGCUACACUAAAAUGUAGAAAAGAAAUAAAAGUCAUUCCUAUACAGAGAAAAGGGUUAAUAAUUUCAGAUCUUUCAACUUUGUGAAACCUGUUAGGAAUUUCUGUCAAUUUUUUAAUUUACAGCAGAAAACUAUAUAACCAGUGUAUUUUCCCUUGAGAUCAAUAGAUCUGUGUUUCUCUGUCAGUAAAAGCAUUUUUCCCCAUACCUGUCAUUAUAUCUAUUGUGGUGCUCAAAUACUAGCAGCAAUGCUGAAAGUGUGGUUUAACCUCUACAGUCUCUAUAGCACAUGUUAAACAUCUAGGCUUAUUUUUUGUGGUUACAGAAAGAGAUAAAUAAGGAGAAAAAUUGCUUGGAAAUCUGAUUUUAAACCCUGCCUCUCAGCUAAGAAUACUGUAAAAGGAGCAUGUUUUGUUUACAUACCACUUGUACGUGAUUGUAUGAAUAUGCAUUUACUUAAACCCUUUCCAUAUACCCCUUAUUCCAUUAGCAUAUUCGUAAUGGCUAUAGCAUGCCUCCCUUUUAUAUUCCAACUCAAUACAGUUUUCAGUAACCUUAGGAAAACUCUGGGGCAGAGGCAGCAUGGCUGGUGUCCACCUUUGACUCCGUUUGAUAUUUUUGAAUGGCUAUAAGUAAAGCUCUAACAUCUGCUAGUUAAAAUUAUGUCUUCCAGAAAAGUAAGUAUAUGAAAGAGUUAUACAGUUUUAAAAAUUAUCUAGAUGAUUUGUUGUUUUGGAUCGCCUUACAGUCCAGAACCAUAGAAGUAUAUGCUUAUAAAGAUAAUGUGUUUCAGGGCCAACACUCAGGUAUUCUGAAUAAAAUUUACUACCUGCAUAAUAACAUGUAUGAUGUAUUGGAUAACUAGAUAUUUUUUUUAUUUUUUUUUCUGACAAUGUGCAUUCUGUAAACCAAAUAUCUGUUUUGCAUGCCAGUAAAAUUGUUAGAUCAAAUGGCAGCUAUAUCAUAUUUCUACCCACAAGGAGUUAGCCAUGAAUUAGCAAUAUGUAUUAAUUAAAACCAAGACUGUACCACAUAAGUCUAAGCAGCUACUUUUAGAUAACACAUGUAGGUAAUUAUUUUGUGAUCUCUGCAUCAGAAAUGUAUUUUUGCACUAUGUGCCUUAUAUUAGUUGUAAACAUUAAUAAGAAUAUAAAACAUUAUUUUCCUAGAAAUGUUUACAUUUAUAAUUAAAAUCUUGUAAUUUAUAAAGUAUUUAUAUAAUAAAUAUGCUUGUGUGAAUGGUA